ACCGCCACAUCCGCGCCUCUCGAUACCAAACAGAACAAGCCGCACAGUGCGGUCCUGUCCUGCGUAGUUUGACCACGACGCGACCAGCCCCCGCUCCUCUCCUCCUCCCUUGCCGAAGCACCCCACAGCAGAAGCGAAAACGGCAAAGCCAGCCGGCGGGCUAGGCAGGCAUGCUUGCCCGCUGACGCAGCUGAAGCGAGGCGACCCGCAGCCGCCAUGGAUCCGGCGUCCGAGGAACUCGAGCGCCGCAGCCGCUAUCUCAGCUCGCUCAUCCGCCGCACUAAGCUUAGCGCCGUCCCGGCUCCUUCUCAGCCGGAGCCCGAGCCCGGGGUGACGCAACCGACUCCGGAGCCGGAGCCGGAGUCCGCGGUGGAGAAGCGCGGGGAGGCCAAGGCGGAGCCAGUGGUCGAUGAGGAAGAGAAGCGGGAGGCCAAACAGGCCGGGGACGGGAAGGGGAAAGAGAUCAAGGGGAAGGACGACGGGGGUCCCAAGGAGGACAACAGAAGGAAGGUGUCGGUGCGGGUGCGCGCCGCCGACAUGCCCCUGCCGCUGCAGCGCCGCGCGGUCCGGCUCGCCUACGAAGCCAUCGCCGCCAUGCCGCGCCUCGACAGCAAGCGCCUCGCCCUCGCGCUCAAGAAGGAAUUUGAUACGGCAUAUGGUCCUGCUUGGCAUUGCAUUGUUGGAACAAGCUUUGGUUCCUAUGUCACUCACUCCCUGGGAGGUUUCUUGUACUUCUCUGUUGACAAGGCCUACAUUCUUCUCUUCAGAACAGCUGUUGAGCCACUAGUCCGUCCGCGAUGAGGGGCCAUGAAACAGUCAACUAGCUGGCGCAUUCUGUAUUCGACAUUUAACUGCAGAAGGUUAAGAGGAGUAGAACCACUAUCGCCCUCGGUGCAAAUAUGUAGACCUAAUCUGCUGUAACUAGUUUUUCCAUGUACUCUGCACAGAUCUGCCAUGUAAACCUUCAACUUUAGCAAUCGGAGCUGUAACUCGACUCAAUUCUUCAGGGCGUGUUUAGAUGCCAGGGAACUCCCACGCCUGGGGACGCUGCUUGUGCCUGGAGCAACCCAUUUGCAUCCUGUAUUGUGUUGUAACCUUAGUCGGACGUAGAGAUUUGAGAUUCAAUCAUCGGUUCUGAUCGAUGCUCCAUA